UAUUUAUUGUUAUUAGGUAAGAUUAUUUAAUGUUCUUGGGUUAAGCUUACAUUUCAAAGUUCUAGUGUGCAAUACGCUUUUUUUUUUUACUCACUUUCGUUCAAAAACAAAACAAAACAAAAAAAAWUUGCGUACAAAAACAWCAUUUCUGACGUCAGAUUAUCUCCAUAGCUCAAGUCGCGCGCUCCCGCACGUGCGGUGCGCCGCCGCGGCCGCUGCAGGGCGCAGCUCCGUCACAGCUGAGGAGAGCGGACCCGCGCGCAGACCGUCUCCGUCCUCCAGCCGUCUCCCGUCUCGUCCUGCCCGCCACGGACCGAGCGAACAGCGGCGGCUGCUUCCGCCAUCAUCCCUCCUGAGAGCACCACAGCAGCGUGUGAAUGGCGACAGAAGUUGACAGAGUUGUUGUCCCGGGGCCCCAGGAGGAGCUCCCUGCCUCCGGAGCUGUCACUCACGCCGCCCGGAGCCCGGGCCACAUCCACUUCCAGCCUCCGACACGCACCUCCCAGUGGCAGGCCUCCCUGGCUCACAGCAGGGGCCACAGUCACACACACUUCAUCGCCGCAGCCUCACACACGCAGCCGCAGAGGUACAGCUGUCGCCUCGCACACAGCCUCUCAGCCAUGAGCAGAGGGGAGAGGGGAGCGCAGGGGUCUGCGGGGAAGCUCAGCAAGCCCAGUGAACCGCUGUUCCCCAAAACCUCUCAGCAGACCAACCUGAGCCAGAAGUUGUCCGUAUGCAGCAAACUGUGUUUUGCUAUUGGUGGAGCACCGAAGGAGGUGGCCGCCAGCGCCACAGCCUUCUUCUUGCAAAUCUACCUGCUGGAUGUUGCUCAGAUCAACGCCGUCCAGGCCUCCAUGGUGUUGUUUGUGGGGAAAGUCUGGGGCGCCAUCACCGAUCCAAUAGUCGGUUUCUUCAUGACAAAGAGCAGAUGGACCAAGAUUGGCAGACUCAUGCCCUGGAUGGUGGGAUGCACUCCCUUCCUGGUGGUGUCRUACUUCUACCUGUGGUUCGUUCCUCCUUUCAUCACCGGCAGGUUCAUCUGGUACCUGGGCUUCUACUGCCUCUACCAGACCCUCAUCACUUGUUUCCACGUGCCUUACUCUGCUCUCACCAUGUUCCUCAGCACAGACCAGAAGGAAAGAGACUCAGCCACUGCUUACAGAAUGACAAUGGAGGUGCUGGGGACUCUGGUGGGCGCUGCCAUCCAGGGCCAGAUCGUGGCCAGCGCUCACACUCUGAAGCACUGCCCCACUCACAACACGUCCGCCGGGUACCUUGGAAACAGCAGUGGGGCGGAGAUCGUCAGGAGCCUACACUCGCAGGACUACCUGWCACAAGCUAAGGAGGUGUACAUGAUAGCUGCUGGAGUGAUCGGAGGAGUCUUCCUCAUCUGCACCGUGGUGAUGUUCCUGGGCGUCAAAGAGAGAGACGAUCCCUAUGCCCCAAAGACAGAGAAGCAGGUUCCUUUCCAUCAGGCCUUCAUCCUGGUGAUGAGACACGGGCCGUACCUCAUCCUGACCGCCGCCUUCCUCUUCAUCACGGUCGCAAUCCAGCUGGUACAGAGCAACUUUGUCCUCUUCUGCACCUACGCUGCCAACCUGAGGGAGCACUUCCAGAACAUCGUGCUGACCAUCCUCGUUUCUGCAGUCAUAAGCAUCCCACUGUGGCAAUGGUUUCUGGAGAGAUUUGGGAAGAAGACGGCAGCUUUUUGUGGCAUCACUUGGAUCAUGCCGUUCAUCAUGAUGCUGGUCUUCAUCCCGAAUGUGRUGGUGGCUUAUGUGGUGGCUGUUUCCUCCGGACUCAGCGUAGCUGCGUCGCUGCUUCUGCCAUGGUCUAUGUUGCCAGAUGUGGUCGACGACUUUAGACUGGUCAACCCCUUCUCUAAAGGCCACGAAGCCAUCUUCUACUCCUUCUACGUCUUCUUCACCAAGUUUGCUGCGGGGAUCUCCCUGGGAGUGUCCACUCUCUGCCUAGAGUUUGCAGGGUAUGACACCGGCGCCUGUAAGCAGCCCGCUCCUGUAGUAUACACCCUGAAGCUGCUGAUGGGCGCUGCACCCGUAGCCUUCAUCGUUACGGGCUUAAUGAUCCUCCUGCUGUAUCCCAUCAACGAAGACGUGCGGCUCAGGAAUAAAGUCCACCUGGAUGAGCUACGGAAACAAAGCAUCGGCUCCAGAACGAUGGAGGAUCUGAGCCGCGUGUGAACUGGAAUUUGGAGUGAUUUUUCACAAAGCCACGGUUUCCAGCUUUCAGGCUGGAAGGCUGCUCUCUGGUGUAUAUUACACUGUUAAAUAAUGGCAUUGUUUUAAUGUAAACAUUGUUUUAUUUUCACAUGUACUGUAUAUUCAUCUUCAUAUAUAUAUACUGUAUAUAAACAUAAAAAGAUUGACUAAUUUAUAUAAAUGAAUGUACAUUA